AUGGGCUGGUUAGUUGAGCACCGAGUUAGCUUGGAUUGUAUGACUAAGAGGGUUGUUUUAAGGACUGUGGAAGAUAAAGAAGUGGUUGUGAUCGGUGAGUGUCGAGAUUACUUGUCUAAUGUGAUCUCCGCUAUUGUGGCUGAGAAAUUGGUUCAGAAAGGGUGUGAGGCAUUUUUGGCCUACGUUAGUGUUUCAAUUUCUAGGGACUCUUCUAUUAGGGAUAUCAAAAUAGUAAGGGAAUUUCUGGAUGUUUUUCCUGAAGAGUUACCAGGUUUACCUCUGAAUCAAGAAGUUGAGUUCUGCAUUGAGCUUCUACCGGGUACAGCUCCGGUGUCCAUCGCUCCAUACUGUAUGGCACCGAAGAAGCUUACAGAGCUUAAGUUCAUCGUAAUCUUCAUCGACGAUAUUCUGGUUUACUCUAAGACUGAGGAUGAGCAUGAUGAGUAUAUUAAAGUACUGCUUCAGAUACUCCAAGAGAAACAACUCUACGCUAAGUUGAGCAAGUAUGAGUUCUGGUUGCGCGAGCCUAAGAAUGUAUCUGAGAUUUACAGUUUUUUGAGUCUUGCGGGAUAUUAUCGACAGUUUUUCGAGAGGUUUUCUUUGAUUGCAGCUCUUUCAACUAAGCUUCUGUGCAAGGGUGUUCCUUUUGUCUGGAAUGAUGUGCAACAAUCGAGCUUCAAGAAGCUUAAGUCUAUUCUGACUCAGGCUCCUAUUCUGAUACAGCCUAAAUAUAGUAAGGAAUUUGUAGUGUAUAGUGAUAUGUCGCACGUCGAUUUGGGAUGUGUACUGAUGCAAGAUGGUAAUAUUAUGGCUUAUACAUCCCGUCAGCUUAAGUCACACGAGGGAAAUUAUCUAACACAUGAUCUUGUAUUAGCUGCUGUGCUUAAAGACUAUGACUGCACGAUAGAGUAUCAUUCUAGUAAGGCCAAUGUGGUGGCCGAUGCUCUCAGUCGUAGAGCGAUGACUGAUUUGAGAGCGAUGUUCGCUCAUCUUAGUCUGUUCGAUAAUGGGGGUCUGUUGGUUGAGCUGCAAUUCCGACAGGUUGAGAGUGGCAGUACAUCUGAUUUUGGGUUGAAUAAAGAUGGGGUUCUAUGUUUUCGAGGUCAGCAAGUUAAGGCUGAGCACCAGUUGCCUUCGGGUUUGCUACAACCUGUUAAGAUUCCUUUAUGGAAAUGGGAACGAGUGACGAUAGACUUCGUUAGUAGGUUGCCCUUGACACCCAUUAAGAAAGAUUCUGUUUGGGUCAUCGUGGAUCGAUUGACCAAGUUCGCUCAUUUUAUUCUGGUUCAGACGGAUUACUCUCUGCAAAAGUUAGUGAAGCUUUAUAUCUCCGAGAUUGUAAGACUACAUAGGGUUCCUAUUUCGAUAAUUUCUGAUAGAGAUCAUCGCUUCAAUUAUUGGUUUUGGAGGAAACUGAAUGAGGAUCUAGGUCCUGAGUUGGUUUCCGAGACUGAAGAUAAGGUUAGACUGAUUCGGGAUCGUCUGAAGGCGGCUUCUGAUAGACAAAAGUCUUAUGCAAAUAUGAAAAGGAGAGAUAUCGAGUACUCUGUGGGUGAUUUUGUUUUUCUUAAAUUUUCUCCGUGUAAGAAAGUUCUGAGGUUCGGUCGUAAGGGCAAGUUGAGCCCUAGGUGUAACACCCCUAACCUACAUCCUUCGCCGAAACAGGGUUACAGAAUACUAUAG